UACGACAGUUCCGGCAGUUCCCGUGGUGGUGCAAGUCGUCCUCGUCGACGAUGGCGGCGGCGACGGCGCCCUCCUCCAUGGCCGCGGCAGCCGGCCCAGCAUCCGCCGGCGCCGCUUCCGGUACCCAGGGCGGCCAGGGCGUCGUACUAUGUCCACGUACGCUGUCGCAGGUGCGACGGACACGACUACGCCGGGCCCUCACCGAAGCGACCGCCGAGACCGUCAACUACGUCAAGACGGUGGGAGACGACGAUUUUUCGCUAUCAAGCCCUAUUAUGCGCGUAUACCGGGUGUUCCAGAUCUCAACGCCCCCUCGUCGCUUCUCGGUCCUGGCGACCUUGAAUUUUAACCCCUCGGAUUAA